AUGAACCUGAAGAGGAAGAUGCUCCGUGCUCUUUUGUUACAGAAGCCGGAUAUUGAUGCCACUAAAUCUUCUGAUGAUCGCAAGCGUGAGGACUUGCAGUGUCCGCUCGACAAGGAUGAACUAGGUCGAAACACAUGGAGCUUCCUCCACACAAUGGCGGCGUACUACCCAGACGCCCCGAGCCCAGAGCAGCAGACUGACGUGAGGCAGUUCUUCUCGGCAUUCUCUCGCCUCUACCCGUGCUCCUUCUGUGCCGAAGACUUGCAAGAAGUGUGCAGAGCGGGCAGUAAGAUGGUUGCCCUGGCGAGGGCGCUGCUGCUGGUCGUGAUCGUGCACGCACUGGCGGGCGCCGGCGUGCUGGCUCGCAACUGCUCCGUCGCCGCCAACAGCGCGCGCCUCAAGGCCGACCUGUCGCUGUGCGGCCUGCCGGACAUCCCCGCCAGCCUGCCCGCCGACCUGCAGCUGCUCAACAUGUCGCAGAACAACGUGACGGCGCUGCGCAACGAGGCCUUCGUGCGCGCCGCGCCCUCGCUCCUCAAGACGCUCAUCCUCAGCCGCAACGGCCUGCGCUCCGUCGAGCGGGGCGCCUUCCUCGGACUGCCCUACCUCACCUUCCUCGACCUCAGCGAGAACGAGAUCGCGCACCUGUGGCCCGAGACGUUCGCCGACAGCGCGCACCUGGAGUCGCUGAACCUGCGCGGCAACCGGCUCGACCUGUCCGCCAACAAGCCCUUCAUCUCGGCCGGCAUCAAGAUCCUGGACGUGUCGUCGUGCGGCGUGACCUUCCCGGCGCCGGCGGCCUUCCAGGGGCUGCGCAAGCUGGAGGAGCUGGUGGCCAGCCACAACCGCCUGCAGAGGCUGGACGCCGGGCUGUUCGCGCAGUCGGCGGCGCUGCGCCACCUGUACCUCGCCAACGCCUCGCUCACGGCGCUCUCGCCGGAGCUGCUGGCGCCGCUGCCCAGCCUGCGCACGCUCGACGUGUCCGACAACCAGCUGUCCGUGCUGGACCCGCGCCUGUUCGCCGCGCAGGCCCGCCUCGAGAAGCUCGUGCUGUUCGGCAACCGCCUGGCCUCGCUGGCCACGCCCGUGUUCCGGCCGCUCGCGAGCCUGCGCGUGCUCGACGCGCACGGCAACAGGGUGCGCCUGCUGGACGACGACGUGUUCGCGCACGCCCGCAACAUGACGAGCCUCGACGUGUCGGGCAACGAGCUGCGGACUCUGCGCGUGCGCACGCUGUGCCCGAUGACGGCGCUCAAGUCGCUGGGGAUCCGCGACAACCCGCUCGAGUGCGACUGCGCGCUGUUCGAGUCGUGGACGUGGAGCGUGAACCGCGGCAUCCACGUGCUGGCCACGUGCGCCGCCGAGAACGUGACGGACCGCAGGAUGCUGCUGCAGGACCUGGUGUCCUUGCGCUGCGAGCCGCCCUCGCUGUGCCUCGCCAUGACCGCCGCGCCCGACGCCGGCGGGGACUUCUCCCUGCGCUCGUUCCCCUGGUGGGUGUACCUGGUCGUGGUGUGCGCCUUCCUGUUCGGCGCCGCCAUCGCGUCGGCGGCCUUCGUGACGUACAGGGUGAAGCGCUCUCGGCCGGCGGACAGCCAGAGCCGCAUCGACCUGUGCGAGAUCGUGGCGCCCGAGGAGCGCAACCGGCAGAUCACGCAGCUGACCCUGCAGCGACGCCACCAGCAGCUGGCGGGCUUCCCCAGCCACCAGCAGCUGUACAGCAGCGGCCAGACGCUGCCCGGCUUCCACGUGAUCCGCGACCUGCACGGCGACGGCGACGGCGACGGCAAGGCGUCCUCGCCGUACGCCGAGCCCGAGGUGACGCCCAUGCUGCGCCACGCGCUGCACUCCAUGCCCGACGGCGCUUCCAUGACGUCGCUGCCGCGGGACCCGUCCCAGUACACCGUCACGUCCACGCUGCCCAUGGGCUUCCACCCGCGGCCGUCGUCGCCCGCCGACGGCACCACGGCGUCUCCGCGCGCCUCCUUCCACCGCCAGCAGGCGUCGCCGCGCGCCUCGUACGUCGAGGAGCCGGCCAAGGCGUCCCCCGUCCACCUGUCCAACAACAUGCACAGACCCUCCUUGCACGCGUCCAAGUGAGCUAGUACUGCGUCACCUCUGCGAUCAGGGCUUCAACUGUAUUACUGCGUGUUAUUUAUUUAUCACUGUUUAUAAACGCAAGUUUACCUCGCGCAUGAAAGCACGUGUUGAUAGCAGCUCGACAGCUAUGCAAUACUCCGUUUCAUAAGUGUAAAAUAAAACAAUUUUUGUUUCUUCGGCUGAUCUAGUUCACAUCAGAAUCGUGUUGGUGGAAAAAUAACUACAUUCAAAUGCACAAUAGUUUUUAACUUUUUUCGUGUGAUGGAAUUUAUAAUGCCCACUGUCAUACCUGUUGCAAUACCUGUAAGUUUUUAUUGUUUGCUGUAAUUUUUCACCCUUAUGUGUGCAAAUUUGGUGCCAAAAUUAUCAGUGGGGUUACUCAUCAGCUUGCCAAGCCCGCAAACUUGCUUCUUUUUUUAAGUGUUGUGAUCGCAGAUUCGGUACCGCAUUGCAGCUUUGCUUGUUCAGCUAGGUGUUUUGUUGCAACUGUUAUUUUAUCUAUAAAAUAAAAACCAAAUAAACCGUCUACUUUUGUGCCUGAAUCCGUGAACGGGUCACAUAACAUAUCUAGUCCAGAAACAUUUCAUAAUUAAUGUGUAUAAACAGGGUACAAAAUGUUUGUCAAAAUGAUUAUUUUAGGGACAAUAAUAGUACACUAUAUUUUCUUGUACAUAUGCCUUAAUUUAAUCAUAAAUAUUUUUUCUUACAGAAGUUAUGGGUGUUGUGCGUUUCAGUCGUGUUUUUCUUCAUGUUGGAAUAGAUUUUAAUGAAGUGACACUUGUUACAGUGUUGGUAGUGAUGACAUUGAUUUUAUUCUGAAAGUUGUUCCUAGCUGUGAAAGUAGAACUGAAUAUGAUUAUGUUAAGCAAUACAUUUUGUAAACACUUAAAUGUGUGUGUUUUUAGAUUAAACUGUGCCUUUGCUCCAAAGAUAGCUUUUGUAUAUACAGUAUGUUUAAUGUAUCAUUAUGAGAGCAAUAUUUUAUACUUGAACAGCAAUGUUUUAAGAAAUAAAUGGUUGACUU